UUGCUGAUGUAAUUUUAAUAUUUUAUGUAAAAUGGUCGCCGUUCGGUACUUUUUCCGAUUGAAACGAAUAAACAAAGAUUAGUUACGGCAAACUCUCAGUUGUCCUGUUUCAUACACUGCUUCUAAUGACUAUUAUCUAACGACACACCAGUCUACGCUGUCAUAUCUAGAACCUGUCUUUGAUUGUGUUGUCAAAGAGUAACAUGAGUAAAACCACGUGCAGUACAGUGUAAUGACAUAAGGACUCUGUUUUAGCGUCACAAACUGACGCAACGUCCGGAUAUUUAAUGGUGGUGUUCAGGGGAGUCUAUUUUUAUAAAACCUGGAAAGUUAUUUGGUGUCAGCCUGUAAAUUUUUAUAGGUAAGGAUAAAUAAUUAUAAAACGGUAAUGAUGAAAGCGUUUAUUAAAGCAUUUGCUCAAUUUGUUGUCGAUACAUUUCGUAAAGUGUUAGUAAACGUGCAUGGCUAAACAUUGAAGUGAUUGUAACAUCUAAGUACUAUAGUUGUACUGUAGUUACUAUAACUAUUCCAGACAUGAAGUAAAACCCUAAAGUAAAACCCUAAAGUAAACACGAGCACCAACAUUCUCGACGUGUUCUGCAAACUUUAACCCCGAUGUGAAACUUUGAGUAUGCCCUGUGAAGUGCAACCACGGUUCCUGGUUCUUUAUGGGUCUCAGAAAGGCCAAGCCCAGUCCAUAGCAGAGGGGAUAGCAGAGGACGCCCAGGAUAACGGGCUGGUUGCUGAGCUCAAAUGCUUAAAUCAGACCGAUGAGUUUAAUUUAGAGAAAGAAAAUGCCCCAGUGGUCUUCAUUGUGUCCACUACUGGAGACGGGGAACCGCCAGACAAUGCCCUCAAAUUUGUAAAGGACAUCAAGACGAAGACCUUCUCCACUGACCACUAUAAACACCUUUGUUAUGCACUUCUAGCUUUAGGAGACACAAAUUACGCUAAUUUCUGCAACUGUGGGAAGACAAUAGAGCGUCCAGCCGUGCUCAAUUUUAGUUUAUUUUUCUGGACCAAACCAUGUUACAAACAUUUUAUUUAGACAUUUCAUUUUUAUUUUUUAUAAUAUACGACAGGCUAUGCAGAUGAUGGUGUAGGACUAGAAGUAGUUGUUGACCCCUGGCUUGAAGGACUGUGGAAGGCCAUCAAAGGUGCUCUGUCCAAAAUGGCUUCCAAUUGGACGUCUCCCAUGAAAGAGGAUGCAGCAACUUCACCCAACAAAAUUUUUGAUUCAUGCACAUCUGAAAUCCAACUUAACCUCCUCAGUCUUAGUGACCCCCAGUCCUGUGACCCAAUUCAAACAUCUUCUGACACAGACAUAAAAUAUGCACCUCCUGCUUUAUCAUCUGAGCCUCCUACACAGACUGCUAUUUCAGUUCCUAGCACAGGUCCUCCUGUAGGUAACUGUGGUAUCGAGUCAGUGAAGACACAGACAGGUCAUGCUGGUGAUCCACAGGAAGGGUCCCUUACCCACUCACUGCCUCCACUGUCUGAGUCUUCUCUGAAUGUCCCUGCUCUGCCUCCUCCCUACCUGGACGUGUCUCUUGAGGAUGUGGACACAAUGAAAGAGAUUGCUGGUCCAUUAAACAGUGAAAGUGUCUGUAAGGUUCCCAUAUGCAGAGCAGUACAGCUAACCAGAGGAGAUUCAGUCAAAACAGCUCUUCUUCUAGAGUUGGACAUCACUGCUCACACAACCUUGGCCUAUGAACCAGGAGACUCGUUUGAUGUUUUCUGCCCAAACAGAGACACAGAAGUAGAGGAGAUACUGAGUAAACUGGGACUCAGAGAAAAGAGAAACCACAGUGUACAUGUUUCUCUGAAAAAGGACACAAAGAAAAGAGGUGCCCAGGUGCCAUCGUACAUCCCUCAGAAUAUUUCGUUGCUGACCUUGCUUACAUGGUGCCUAGAGAUCAGAAGUGUCCCUAAAAAGGCAUUUCUACGAGCGCUCGUGGAGCAUACAGGGGACAGUGUGCAGCGCAGGAGACUGCAGGAGCUCUGCAGCAAACAAGGCACCGCAGAUUACAAUCUGUAUGUGAGAGACCCGAGCCUCAGCACUCUGGAGCUUCUCACUGCUUUUCCAUCCUGCCUGCCUCCCCUCAGCCUCCUCAUAGAGCAUUUGCCGAAACUGCAGCCCAGGCCUUAUUCAGCAUCCAGCUCUCGCCUUAAGCACCCAGGAAAGCUGCUUUUUGUCUUCAAUGUGGUCGACUUCCCAGAAUGCACUGGGAGAUGGGCAGGAAAGCGAGGCUUGUGUACUGGCUGGCUGUUUGACCUCAUCAAUCGUGGCCUGGAUUUCCCUGGGAGGGUUGAGCGCAGUGGCAGCCUGACUCUGCCUAUGGUCCACGUGAGUCUGAGAUCCAACGGUUCUUUUCGGCCCCCGUCUGAUCUGACGGUGCCCUUCAUCAUGGUCGGACCAGGCACAGGAGUGGCCCCCUUUAUUGGUUUCCUCCAGCAAAGGGAUAAACAGAGACAGGAGAACCCCGAUGUGGUCUUUGGUGAGACAUGGCUGUUCUUUGGUUGUCGACACAAAGACAGAGACUAUCUGUUCAGGGAGGAUCUGGAGGGCUUUGUGUCCAGCGGCGUCCUCAACCACCUCAAGGUGUGUUUCUCCAGAGACGACCAAGAGCAGGAGAAAGAGGAGGAGAAGAAGGUUACCACUUCUGUCGCUCGACCCAGAUACGUCCAGCACAACCUGCUGCUUAACAGCCAAUACAUCAGCGACAUACUGCUCAAACAGAAAGGUUACAUUUAUGUGUGCGGGGACGCCAAGAACAUGGCUAAGGAUGUCAACGAAGCCCUGAUAGAGAUGAUCAAAACGCAGAUGCAGGUGGAUCAACUGGAGGCCAUGAAGACGCUGGCGGGACUGAGAGAGGAGAAACGAUACUUGCAGGACAUAUGGGCCUGACAGCCGAUGACCAGAUGAAGGCAUUUGGAAGCAUCCCCUCAGCUUCUUUACUGCGUGGGGAAAAAAUAAUAAUAAUAAAAAAAAAAAAAAAAAACAUCAGCUUGCCUGGCUAUAACUUCUAGUACCAUGAAAUCAUGGAUGCCGAGGCCUGGAGGAAGUUUACACCACCCAGGGAGACUGAUACAGAAUGUACAAUGCUGGCCCGGGGAUAUCGCCGCACUACAUCAUCUUGGACUCUGCUGUUUGCACAGCAAUGACCUUGGUCAGGGCAAUAGUGUCGAAGAUUGCUCCUGCGGUGUGAAAAUGUGGUGUUUUGGCGUAGAAAAAGCCGCCUCUUGUCUGGCCAGAGUGUAUUUACCUCCAUCAGUUGUGAUGUAGUAAUUCAGCUGAGAGUGAGAGCCAACUAUCGCUGCACUUUGGAUGAAAACAGCAUGGCAAUCAAAAGCUGUUAAGCAGCGAAUACACAGUAAAUCGUUUGCCGUUCAGGGUCAAAACAACAUUUAUACUUUGUUUUCUUACUUUAGUUUUGUUUAUUGUUCUUUUGCCAAACCAAGACACUGCCAGUCAAUCAUAACAUACACAGGUGUAAUAUUAUAUCUAACUAAGAAUAUUUUGUUAUUUACAUGAUAACAUCCCUCAAUUUCCAUAAUUUGACUGGUUUCAUCCAAAUGAUUUUGUGGUUGCAUUUUUUUUUUUUUUACUCUCAUACCCUGUGGAAUUUAUUGAUUUUUUUGGACAUAAACAGGAUUCAUUGUUUGAGAUCCUGUAAAAUGGCAAAGAGAAAUUUCCCCAAAUGAAGUCCACAGAGAACGUGGACAUCAUUAAUAAUUUAUCAUUACACUGUGCUGAGUAUUAAAUAGACAGAGUGUGAAUUUCAAUGGCCAUCAGCUCCGACCGGAGCAGUUAAUCUAAAUUUCUUGUGCUUGUCCGUCUCCUUACACACUAA